AUUCUGUUUUGAUCGCCAAUCGCUCACUCACUCAGCGCAGCUGGUUUUUUUUUAAGUUUUUUACUCUGCCAAAUUAUUAUGACUGAAAAAUUGCAAGUUUUAAAGGAAGCGCAGAUACAUUUCUUGGCGUCGCUAUCCAUGAACAAAUUUCCCAAGCUGGAAGAUUUAGUGGACGUGUUAAAGGAAAGCGAAGAAACACAGACGGAAUUUAUUGAAAUGACUUUUGAGCUUGAGACGGUCCAUAAAUAUCCUGUCAAGAUGUCACUGCAAAAAUGGUUUUUAAAAUUUCUCAUGGACAAGCUAGAAGCGUGUAGUUGCGAUAUCUCUGAAAAAUUCUUUUACUUAUACUGCGAUUUGUUACAAAGAGAAAAGGAAUUUCAGGAAGCCCAGUACCAUCAUUUCCCGUUGCCAAGCAGCAACAAGUGCAUUAUAAUAAAAGGGGAUGGAAAUUUUCUCAGCGGUGGAACAACUGGCUUAAGUCUUUGGCAGGCUGGUUUUGCUUUAGCUGAAUGGUGUUUGGAGAACCGUGAAAGGCUUGUAGGAAAAACAGUGUUGGAAUUAGGCUCUGGAUGCGGAUUCACUGGAAUGGCUAUAGCGGCAGGUUGCUCAGCGAAACAGGUCAUAAUGACCGAUGGUCACAAAAAAGUGCUGCAACAGCUGGUCGAAACGGUCAACAUUAAUUGCUCAGAAGAAAAAAUUGAAGUAGGAACAGGAGAGAACCAGGACUUAUUGCUGAAAACCUGUGUAGAGGAAACUGCUGUUUCUGUGCUCAACCUACCUUGGGAAAAUUCGUCUGAUGUGAUAAUAGAAGAGCCUCCUGAAUUGAUCAUAGCUGCAGAUGUCGUUUAUGACCCAAGUGCAUUCAAAGACCUCAGCAACACGCUCCUGAACUUGUUGGCUAGAACGAAAGGCGUUGAGGUGAUUUUAGCUUGCACUCUAAGAAAUGAAGACACUCUAAAUGGCCUAUUUGCCACACUGGGGGAUCAAGUGUCUGUGAAUGAGGAACAGCCGCCAGGCAAGGACUUUUUUGUCUAUGAACAUCAAUUUCCUGUUUUAUUCUACAGAUUAACAUUAUCGUCUUGAAUAAAAAAUAUUUUUAAGUAGCAUAA